GCGGGCUCCGCCCCUGAGUGCCGGCGAGGGAAGGGAGCCGCGCUGCGGAAGCGGCGGGCGGCUACAGGUUGCCAAGGAAGCAGCUGCGGCUCCCGCCUCCCGCCGGGGAGAAGGAGCGCGACGGCCGUGGAGGGAGGCUGGAAUUAGGACACAAUGUUGUCGUCUAUGCACAUACAGAAUAACGAUAGUCUAUCAGAGUUGUAUGUUCAACAAAAGCUGUCUUUUGACAUUGCUGAGGGAACAAGACAUGCACUACCUAUUACACCCGGAGAAGCAGCAAAACUCUGUUCAUUGAUUCAGUCCUGUGAAGACUAUUUUAGAAUCAGAAAAGUCAACCAACAUGGAAAAUAUUUUACUGGUCUAAGUGAAGAAGCAGACCAAUUUUCAGCAUGCAUGGAGGAGGAACCCUUGAAGCAGAAUUGGAGUUCAUUUACCAAAGUUAUGGAUAAACAUCAGAGCAAGCUGAAAGAACUGUCACCCCAGCUCAAAAGCAGAUCACAGGAAAACUUCCUACAACAAAACCUGAGUGAAAUGAGAUGGUUGAAAGAAGAUGAAAUUGCCACAUUGCAGGAAAAGCUUCUUGAAGCAGAGAUGGCAAUCAGUUCAAUAGAAAUGUUUUUGCCUUCUUUUAAAGUCACUAUUGCUGGAAUGACAAAUGUGUGUAACCUUUCUACAUCAGAUAUGCUUAAGAUUUCUAAACAAGAGGAUUUACUGAUAAAGGAACUAGAGACUCUCAAACACAUAAAAGGAUUGUUAUUGCACCUACUUAGAACAACAGAGCAUGAAGAAAUAAGCAGUAAACAAAUUGACAUUUUGAUGCAGAAGUUAACUGAAAGUGAAACUGAAAAUGAUGGUCUCAGAAAAGAAACGCUUGAAACAGAAAAGCAUAUUGUAGAGCUUUCUUCUCAGCUUCAACAGGAAAAAGCAAAUGCACUGAAAGCAGACCACCUAUCAAAGUCAGUAGAAGCUGUACAAACCCAUCUGCAAUGCCAGAUUCAGAAAAAGGAGGCUGAGAAUGAUCAGUUGAAAGCAAAAUUACAGACUCUGGAAAAGAAAAUAACUGAGUGGAAGCUUCAAACUGGCAAACACAAGCACCAAAUUUUAGCUGUAAAGGAAACAAAUGAGCAAAAGAAGAAAUCUCUGAAAAAAGCAACCAGAGCCCAGAAACAAAGAGCUGAAUGUUUUGAAGCAUCUGUUGAAAAACUAACUUCCAAAAUUAGAAAGAGGGAAGUCAAAUUGUCUGAAGUACUUUCAGCUUCCAGUGUCUGGAAAAAUCAUCAUGAGAAGGCUGUAGAAGAAAAGACUAGGUUAGAGGUUCAAACUGAAACUCUGAAGAAGCAGAUCACAAACCUUUUGGAGGACCUGAAAAAAAUACAAGAUUGUGGAAGAAAUUCAAAUGAAGAAAUCCAUGGAAAGCUUAAUUCUAUCAAUUCAGAAAAUGCAAAUAUUCGUCUUGAAAAUGCAAAAUUAAAGGCUUUACUUGCUGCUUUGGAAGACAACACUGUUUCGGCUGAAGCUGAACUCUUAAACCUGCAAGAAAAAGUAAAGCAGCAGGAAAAUCUUGCUGAACAGUAUAAAACUCAGGUACAAAAAUUACAAACAGAAGCAGAAGAACUGAAAGUCAGAUAUGAAAAAGUGUUAAAUGAAAAGAAAAUAAUAGAAGCCAAAGAUUUAGAGAUAAUUGAGGUGAGGAGCCAGAUGCAGGCUCACUUGAAGGAGUUAGAACGUGUUCGUGACUUACUGAAAGUAGCUGAAGAGAGGCUGCAGGAGUAUCAGGAAAACCUGUUGUCCUACAAAAGGAGCUAUGCAGACAAAUCAAAAACCAUUAGGAAGCUACAGGUCCAGAUGGAUGACAACAGGUUCUUGAGAAACCAUUCUUUGGAAGAGGAAAAUUGUAACAUUAAGAAGAAAUAUGAAUAUCUUAAAAGACAGCUAGAAAAGAUGGAAGUACAAAAUGAAGAACUUACACAUCAGCUGGCAAACCAAGAGGAGAGUCUUCAGCAGAGUGAAUUGCAGCUUAAAGAGAAAUUAGCAGAAUAUGAUGCUUUAGCCAGACAGUUGGAGGCUGCUUUGGAAGAAGGCAGAAAAAAGGAGUCUGAAGUGGUGGAAAAAAAUUCAUCCAAGGAGAGAGCUCUUCAGACAAAAAUAUUGGCUCUGGAAACUGAAUUGAGAGAGAGACGAGAGGAGCAAAAGCGACUUGUCUGCAAAUUAAACAAUAGUGAGAAACAUCAGGAAGUAUGUUUGAAAGAAUUAGAGUACAAUCUACAAAAAUCAGAAAACCAGAACCACCGCAUCCACAAUUAUACAAAUCUUUACAUGUUCAACUGCAGCUGUAUCACUUCAAAAGAGAGAAAGCUGGUUGCAUCGAACUUCUUUCUGGUGGUUGUUACAAAAGGUUACAGAAGAAUUGUCAAGCAGCAAUAUGAGCUCAUCGGUACUGUACUUGCUUACGUGGUCACGAAUAUCUGUCUCUUAUAAUACUCUUUUGUUGGAGCUUUAACAAGUGGGAACCUUCCGUUUCUGCUGCUCUGAGCUCACAUAGAGUAGCAAAAGUGAUCAGACAUUCUUCAUGUCAGUUUGAACAUCCUUUUCAAAGAUGAGUUCAUCCAGCAGAAAGUGAAAAAGAGAUUUAAGCUAUGUAAGAACACAAACAGUUUGUGUUGUCUGUAUAAUGAUGAGAAAAAUAAGGCUGCAAUAUUGGUCAGGUCUACACUAUUCUGUAUUAAGAAGCUUCUCUAGUAAAAAUAUAUUUCACUAUAGUUUUUUAAUUUUUAAUACAAAGACAUUCAUUCUGCAUACUAUAGGAUUUGACAUUCUGGAUGAGACAUCUGACUUAUAAACAGUUUGUGCCAAUACAACCUAAAGGCUGAUUCAGCAUGGUACUUAAUCUGUACAUAACUUUGAGCAUGUGAGUAGUCCCGCUGUCCCAUCAAUGUCAUUGGGACUAUUGUCUCACGCUUAAGUUCCCUGCUAAAUCAAGGUCAAGGACACUUACACUGUUACAUUAUGCUCUUGAUGGUACUGAAGCAUCCAUGUUUUUUAAUCACUAUAUUUGUACUAGUAACUCCACAUGAUGCAUGGGAUUUUUUUUUCUUAAAUUAAGUUUCACUGUAGCUUCCAUCCAAGGAUUGUUAAUAUGUGAUCCAUGAACCCGAGUCUCUUUAAUCAACCUGAUAGAUUUGUUUGGGACUGGGAGGAGAAACAACCCAUUAAAGGGACAGUGUCAUUCAGAAGAGUUGUCUUUCCUCCGUACUCUGUACCUUUCUGUGUAUAUUUGUUAACACAAUAAAAUUUAAACUGUUUGGUUUUUUAGAAUUAUCUAGAACAAUCUAGACACAGUAAAGUUGGGAAAUGAGUUGCAUUUCAUAUCCAUGCACAGUGUCCCUUAAUUAAGGUUCUGAAAUUCUAACCAGGUGGAGUUUUGAGUCUGCUAGUCCAAAAGAAGCCAAUAAGCUCUCAGUCACUAAUCUUGCAAUUAUUGAUCUCUGAUAAAAGGGAAAGUAAUGCACCAGUGUCUCAUUUUUCACUGUAUUUGGGAAAGUUAGGAUUUGAAGUAGAAGAUGCUCAUAAUAUCAUAUGCUUUAGAUUUAUUAAUGUCUGGAAGAACAGAAUUUAAAGCAGAAGCAUAAAUUUUAAGGCUACUUGGAGCCCUACCCUCUUUAAUCCUGUCUGCCAAAUAGCCUAUUACUAGUAGUUUAGGGUUGAUAGAAGAUCUUUUAUCUCUGUUUCCUAUCCAUGGCAUAAAGCUGCUUUAAAUUCUGUUGUAAGAUAUAUUCGUGGAAACUUUCCAGAGAGAUAAUAGAAAACUUAAUAGCUUCCCUCUGUAAACCUGCCUCCUCAAGGAAUUUCUUGAUAGAAGACAUAUGAGAUAUGAUCUCCACUGAGUUCCUUACAGCUGAGUCAUCAGCCUGAUGUGAUAUGUUACUAGCUCUCAAGCCUUCCCAAUGUUCUUGCAUAGUCCAUUAGUAUUCUUAUUAGUGCCUGAAACCAAGAUCUGGAUCUCCAGAUAAAUUUUAAAAGGGACGACUAAUAUCCAAUUCACCAUAACUUCCACUAAAAUCUUCACUACUGCAUUUUGCAGCAGAGGGAAUAAAGGAAAGUAAUUAGUCCCCAUAUAUGCACUUUUUUGCAAAGGCACCUGUUACUGAGUCUUCCCUACAAGGGAACUUGCAAAUAAAUGUCUCCAAUCUCCUGUUUUCUGAUUGUUCUGGAAGUCCCCCAUAGAGCUAUAUAUCUAUGGAAAACUGUCUUCCUCCUGAAGACUUUCCUUUUCAAAAGGGCAUUCCCCAUCAUCUUUCCUUUGCUUGGAAUGUGAAGAUUUGCAAGAGAAGCUGCUAGAAUCUAGCAUAAUUUCAGAAUUAUUAGUAGAGCCAUCUGUCUAAUAUUGCCCUCUACAAUCUGUUCCCUGGCUAAGAAACUACCAAUUUGCUGCCUUAGAACUUGUGCAUGAUCUCUUGUGGGACAUCUAGAAGAAGGAGAACAUUUCAAAUGGUCUGGAUUAAUCUGUUGAUUUUUGAGAAAAGUCCCCCAAUUCCCUUUCCAUGUGUCAUAAAUAUAAAGGGAAGGGUAAAGCCCUUUAAAAUCCCUCCUGGCCAGAGGAAAAAUCCUCUCACUUGUAAAGGGUUAAGAAGCUAAAGGUAACCUUGCUGGCACCUGACCAAAAUGACCAAUGAGGAGACAAGAUACUUUCAAAAGCUGGGAGGAGGGAGAAAAACAAAGGGUCUGUGUCUCUUGGUAUGCUGCUUUUGCCGGGGAUAGAACAGGAAUGGAGUCUUAGAACUUUUAGUAAGUAAUCUAGCUAGGUAUGUGUUAGAUUAUGAUUUCUUUAAAUGGCUGAGAAAAGAAUUGUGCUGAAUAGAAUGACGAUUUCUGUCUGUGUGUCUUUUUUGUAACUUAAGGUUUUGCCUAGAGGGAUUCUCUAUGUUUUGAAUCUAAUUACCCUGCAAGGUAUCUACCAUCCUGAUUUUACAGAGGUGAUUUCUUUACUUCUAUU